AAAAACAAUCGGUGUCAUUUCCGGGGUAUGUGUUAGCUCGCUCGUGCAGGUCGCACCGUGUCAGCAGCUGGUUUUACGACCUGUCACUGUGUGUAUGUGUGUGCCACCGUGUGUGUGUCACUGUGUAUGUGUGUGUGUGUGUGUGCUGUAGGAGGACAUAACACAACCUUUAUUACCUGAAGUCACGUUUAUCGGUAACAUCAGUGUGAGCGGAAGUUCCCCUCUGUCAAAAUGAGCCGUGCACCGCUGAAGAGGGUCUACAAGGAUCUGCCGGUGUGGAUCGUGGAGGACCACAACGACGUGGUGUGUCACAUCUACCGUGCCAUUGCAUCGAGGCACCUCCCAGACAAGAACCUAAAGAUGGUUCAUUUGGACUCUCAUCCAGAUCUACUUAUCCCUGUCAACAUGCCCGCUGACACAGUCUUUGAUAAGGAGAGUCUGCUCAGUGAGUUGAGUAUAGAAAACUGGAUAAUGCCCAUGGUGUAUGCCGGCCAUGUGUCCUGGGUAGCAUGGCUGCAUCCAUACUGGGCCCAGCAGAUCCGAGAGGGAGAGCACAGGAUGUCUGUGGGCAGAGACUCAUCCACCACCACCAUCAGAGUGACCAGUACGGACGACUACUUCCUCAGUGAUGGUCUUUAUGUUUGUGAGGAGCAGCUGGAAAACGCUAAACCUCUCAGACUGAACGUGGUCAAAGUCAAUCCUGUCAAAGCAGGUCAUUCAUUACUCACAGACAAGAAAACCCAGGAGGACACAGAGGGGUUGUUCCAAAAGAGACGCAGGACAGAGGGUAGUAAGGCAGGCGAAGCCAGCUCCUCUGAGACCCAGUCAACUGCCACAGUCCUGCCAGCAGAGGGCAGCAACAUCAUUGCAGAAAAGUCCAGCGGUGGGACACGCUUGGGAGAUGAUCCUGAUGAUGAUGAAGAUGAAGGAUCAACCAGUUAUGUUGUUAAGAGAAUAUCUCCAUGUCUGAGUGAGACAGAGCCAUACAUCCUGGACAUUGAUUUGGAUUUCUUCUCCUGUAAGAAUCCCUUCAAGGAAAUGUAUACAGAGGAAGAGUACGCCAUCAUGAAGGAGCUCUAUCGCUUCACAGGACCCAGCCCUGAUGCUGAUAAGGAGGAGCUCGAUGACUGUGUGUACCGUCGUAUACAUCAGUUAGAGGAUCUGGAAGCAGCAUUUGCUGAUUUUCUACAGGACGAUGGAGAAGAGACAGUUAAAUUUUGGGCCGGUAACCUCGGAAUGGCUUCAUUAGCCGAACUGGUUUUCAGUUUGAAGUCAAGAAACCCGAAGCCCGACUACGAGAUGGUCCAUCAGGCGGGGUUAACCUGUGACACUGUUGAGCUGCCUCACCACAUCAGCACUGAGGAAGAGAUCGACAGACUCAUCACAGCUGUACAGCUGUUUCUGACGCCUCUGCCCAGACCUACACUGGUCACUGUGUCCAGGUCCAGUCUAGAUGAAUACUGCCCAGUAGAACAGGUGGAUUCAGUCCAGAGCAGAAUGCUGGCUGUACUGGAGGCACUGUAUGGUCCAUUGGACUUACACAAAGACUAUAAACACAGCAGCACAGAAACUCAGGACUGCCAACCACAGGCCUCUUAACAAACACACACAUACACGUGUCACUCUCAGAUGUUGUGUAUCUUUGUUUGAUAAAGACAAUCACAGGAAAAAUGACACAUCAGAUGCUGCUGCACUGAGUCGUAAGUGUUGUGAUGUGUUUUGUCCAAUAGGUGUCACUUUGAGGCACUUUGUCAUGAAUAUUACAUGACAUGUAGUAUUAUUUGAAGUGGCCAGAGAAGUUGAUCAUCCUGGAUUUAGUUUUUGCAGAACUUGUAGUUUCUGUGCACAGAAAAAAACCAAAUGACUGUGAAAAUACAUGUUAAAAGAUAACUGGUCAUAUUCUGUUUUUUCCUUAUAGUAAACAAUGUGCAGACCAAAAGCUGCCCUGAUCGGUCCUACUAACAAGUACUGUGUGUGUAUCAAAGCCUAUUUCAUGUUAUUCCUCUGUGCCUAGAGCUUCCUUGUUGUGUAAAACAUCAGUGAGCGACAAUGUUGCACUGGGUAGCAUGCUCUUUCAUCACUGUGAACACAAAUACUGUAGCGUAUUUUGACACACACUGUCCUGCUGUUGGAAACACUAGCAGCAACAUGUAUUCAUCUGCCACUGAGACUAGUGUCCAACAGAUGCUGCAUUUCCUCCUGUCUGAGUCAAGUUUGCUAAAAGCUGCAGAGCCAGCUGUUACAGGAAAUUACUGAGCCUUUUUACAAACAGUGGAGAAAUCAGAAAAUAUUGUUGUCUUUUCAUGAGAUUUGUGAUCAUAACAAAAACAGGUUUCCAGCCUCAUUCAGUCAUAUUUGUCAUACCUCUCGGUCUAUAACAGUAACGUCUGUGCAGUUUUGUUCUGUUAAACUGUAUUAAACCCGUUUGAAUAUGGA